AUGAAGUCUCUCUUCAUCUUCACCGCGUUCACUUCCAGCGCUGUCGCCUCCGCGAUUCAGCUCCCCAACCUCAUGGACCGUGCUAUCGAUCCAGCGACUAUGAAUCCAACACUGUUCUCCGUACUAUCAGUGCUGAAAACCGGUAUGCCCACAGGCCCCAACGUCCCCAUGCCAACUGGCGAUUUAAUACCAGACUGGUACCAGAAUUUACCGGGAGAUGUCAAAAGGUUGUUGCCGUCGUUCUAUCCUGUUGCUGCUGCGGCUGCGUCUGCGACGUCGGAUGCGCAAAUUGUGAGCCAGGUGUCUGCGGUUGAAUCUAGUGUAUCAGUGGCGAGCGUUUCGAGUCUCACCUCAUCAUCUUUGUUGUCUGCGUCUUCGUCAUCGUCUUCUUCCAACGCCGACGACACUUCUUCCACGCCAUCCAUGUCGCAAUAUGCGUCCGCAGCCACCGACACAGUCUUGGCAUCUUCUUUGGUACCUCAUUCAAACAGCGCAUUGCAAACAGCAACACCUUCUGCGGCUCUAGCCAGCCUUGCAGCCACACCACCGAAUUCUCUUUCCACAGGCGCUAGGUUCGCGGUCAAGAUAGAGACAUUAGCGGUGGUUGCUUGGCUGAGUGUUGGAGCUGGGUUCUUCAUCUUAGCAUAG